AUGGCAAGAGGGUCGACAGGUAGAGAGGCCUUGACAUUCUUGACUUCGGCGUUGGGGAGGGUUGUGAGUUCAUCCUCGCCCGAGAAGUUGGUGUACGACUUGCAGACUUUUACGGUACCGACUGGAACGCCGUAUAGUGAGUACCUGACUACCUUGCACGGGUUGGUGCACAAUGUUCGAAACUUGGGAAUUGUGACGCCGCAGGAUAACACCAUUCAACUGGCAGUGAGAGAGAGUGUGUCCGAUCAAUACAGUGUCCUGACCGCUUCUGUGUUUAAGGGCAAGCAGUUGGGGUUGGUGCCGUUCGAUAACAUCGACACCUUGAUGCAGGAAUUGCGAAAUUUCGAGGCGGUGAAGGGGGGGGCCACGACUCCAACGCGGAGGUCGGCUCAGGUAAAGGGUUCCUCGGGGGGGAGGCAGGGACAGAAAAGGGAUGGAGGAGGGGGGACAGGGUCAGGUGGAACGAAUACCUUUCGGUCCGCGUCUCCGGGCAGGUUGGAUGGUGGAUAUGGGGGGAGAAGGGUGAUGACGGUGGACGAGGUCGAUUGUGAAGAUGAAUGUGCAGAGUUUCAAAGAGUCUAUGACAUUCACGUGUCGCCUCGCACUAACAGCCAAAUGAAGGAUUGUCCCUUUUUCGCGUGGUUUACGUCUGUCGAGGAAAAGGACAGGCACCGGCGGGCAUUCGGGUCAAGAUGUUUGAAGUGUGGUAGUGAAGGACACUUUGUGCGUGAUUGUGACAAGGGUUACAUUUAA